GACCUCCUCCCAGUUUCCUUGUCCUUCCUGCAGCCCUACUUGCUGGGAACAUGGAGGGGAAGGAGGAGGAGCUUAAACUAGGACUCUGGCUGCUGGACUUAGUCGGCUAUUACAGAGGAUAAAAUCCAGGUUUUUAUCAGCUCAUUCCUGCAUGAUCUGGGUCCUGCCCCCUCCCCAUGGCCUCUUCUCUUCCCUUUACUCACACAAGUGAUACUCCCUUCAGUAAUUUGUGACCCUCAAGGACGUGGCCAUGGACUUCACUUUGGAGGGCUGGGAGCAGCUAGGGCUGGACCAAGGGGACCUGUUCUGGGACACGGCACUGGACAACUACCAGAAUCUCUUCUUGCUGAACCCCCUGAGACCCAACCUGACUUCCUCCUAUCCAGAUGGUGGGGAAGAGCUGGAGACCCUGGUGAGAGGAAGUCCGGAAGUGACAGGCCCUGACACAGCUGAGGCCAAGAUCUCCCCUCUGCCACAGGAAUUCUUGGAAGAAGGACUCUCUCAGGAGAUAUUGGAGGCAUUUUCCAAGGAUGGCCUCUGGAACUCCAACUUGGGAGAAGCCUGCAUAGACGAGAGCUGGUUGGAUAGUUUGCUAGGAGAUCCAGAAAGUCUUCUGAGCUCUGAUGUUGUCACCAAUAAGGAAAGUCCCACAGAGUGCAAGAGUCAUGAACUCAAGAGUGGCCUCACUCUUGAGUCCCUCCUUUUCACAGGAGAGGAUUCCCUGAUCCAUGAUCUUUCCGAGAACAGCCUGAUGCCAGCUAAAUCUGAGGAAUAUAGGAAUGACACUGGCUCCCAUUCAGACCAGAGUCAGCAGGAUACUGUCCAGGAAGGAGCAGAACCAUAUAAAUGUAGUGAAUGUGGGAAGAGCUUUAGCCGGAGUUGCCAUCUUAUCCAGCACUGGAUUAUUCAUAUGAGUGAGAAACCAACUGGGAAUCAAGAGUAUGAGAACAGUUUCAACCAGAGUCCUUGCCUUUUUGCAUAUCCAACAACUCACACAGAAAACAAAUCCUAUGUGUGUAACAAGUGUGGGAAAACUUUUAGUCACAACACACACCUUCUGUGGCAUCAGAAAAUUCACACUGAAGAAAAAACAUGUAAGAGUCAAGACAGUGACCAUCCAUCGGGUCAUGGCUCACAGCUUGUUGAGCAGCAGAAAACCCACAGAAAUGAUAAAUCCUACAAGUGUGACAAGUGUGGCAAGAGUUUCAGCCGAACCUUUCAUCUUACUCAACAUCAGAAGACCCACACUCGGAAACGCUAUGAAUGUGCCAAAUGCAAGGCCACCUUCAACUUUAACAAAUACCUCCUCCAACAUCAGAAAAUUCAUGCUGCAAAAACUACCUUUAAGUGUCAGGAAUGUGGGAAGGCCUUCAGGCGGAACUCAUCUCUCAUCAAACACCAGUCUACUCACACUGGAGAAAAGCCUUAUAAGUGUGAUGAGUGUGGGAAAUGCUUCACCCAUAUCUUGACCCUAAAGAGACACCAGAAGGUUCACAGUAGAGAGAAGCCUUACAAAUGUAGUGAAUGUGGGAAAGCUUUCUACCGGAACACUCACCUGAAUGAACAUCAAAGGAUUCACACGGGCUACAGGCCCCACAAAUGUAACAAAUGUGUCAAGAGUUUCAGCCGGCCUUCCCACCUGAUGCGACACCAAUCUGUUCAUGCCACGGAAAAGCCCUACAGCUGUGCCAAAUGCAAGGAGACCUUCAGCCAUAAUGAACGCCUUGUUCAACACCAAAAAAUUCAUGCUUUGGAAACCCGCUAUGAAUGUCAAGAGUGUGGUGAGCGCUUCAUUUGCAGCUCGACCCUAACUUGCCACCAGAGAGUUCACACCCAAGAAAAACAAAGACUUGAGGAGAGCAGAAAAAUCUUGAAUCAGAACCUAGAACAGAAAGAGCAUCCAAGGAUUGGCGAGAAGCACUUUAAGUGUAAGACAUGCGAGAAAACCUUCAGCUGCAGCAAAUACCUGACUCAGCAUGAGAGGCUUCACACCAGGGAGAAACCCUUUGAAUGUAACCAGUGUGGGAAAACCUUUAGCCAAAGUGCACAGCUCAUUCGCCACCAGAUCAUCCACUCUGGAGUGAGGCCAUAUAAAUGUGGGGACUGUGGGAAGGCCUUCAUCCGCAUCACCUCCCUCACCAAACAUCAGUAUAUCCACAAGAGUGAGUGCCCCUUUAAGUGUAAUGAAUGUGGAAAGACCUUCAGUCAAAGUGCUCGUCUCUCAGAACAUCAGUUAAUUCACACUGCAGAGAAACCCAUUAAAUGUAACCAGUGUGACAAAGUGUUUGUGCACAGUAAGUACCUUACUCAGCAUCAGAGAACUCAUGCCAGAAAGGCAUCUUUUGAGUGUAAUGAAUGUGGAAAAACAUUCAGACACAGCUGGCGCCUUUCUAAGCAUCGGAGAGUUCACACAGGUGAGAAACCCUAUAAAUGUGGUGACUGUGGGAAAACUUUCAGCCUGAAUGCUCCACUCAUUCGACACCAGAGAGUUCACACCAGAGAAAAGCCUUACUUUUGUCAGGAAUGUGGGAAAUCCUUCAGCCAGAGCUCGUGCCUUUCUAUUCACCAGAGAGUUCACACCGGGGAGAAGCCAUACCUGUGUGCUGAAUGUGGGAAAGCCUUUUCCCAGAAAGCAAAUCUGAGGCAGCAUGAGAGAAUUCACACUGGGGAGAAACCUUAUAUCUGUGAUGUGUGUGGGAAAGCCUUUGGCCUCAGUGCCCAUCUCAGUCAGCACCAGAGAAUUCAUACCCAAGAAAAACCGUAUCAGUGUCAACACUGUCAGAAAGCCUUUCCCUGCUACUUAGGUCUCCACCGACAUCAGCAAGUUCACACUCAAAAGUUAACAAGUAGCAAUGCUACCUGUGGCCACCAGGUGACAGCAGGACCUGACAUCUGA